GCAUCUUUGGGCUUGGAGCAUUCUCUUGCUCUUACAGCUACUUCACAGAUUUUUGCUUGGGGAACAAAUAGUUGUGGUCAAUUGGGCUUAGGUCACGCAAAUGAGAGGCCCAUCGCAGUCCCUCAGCUUGUUGCCAGCUUAAACGGCCUGCCGAUACGACAGAUUGCCGCAGGCGGCAACCACAGCCUUGUGCUGACUCCAAGUGGUGCCGUCUACUCGUGGGGGGCCAACUCACAUGGACAACUCGGCUUAGGUUACAUCGGCUCUCCAGCCAAGCCUCCGAUUGCUUCCAUUACGGUUCCGAAUGGUCAUUCGUCUGGCCGAGCUAAUGAUAAUGAUUCUUCAACUGCAAUUACUGGUACAGAAAGCACGGCUUCAGGCCAACCCAACCCAAAGCGUCGCACAAAUGACCUGCAAUUGCUCUUUUGUUCAUCAAACAUCUGCUGUCCUAUCCCUACUCUUGUCAAAACUCUCAAAGGCCAAGGAGCGGUUUAUCUGGCCUGUGGGGAGUCACACACAGCCGUGCUCACUCAGGAUGGUGACCAAUCUCACCCAGGAUGGUGUGAAGUCACUUCAACAACCCUUGGGAUCAUCUGGGCUGAGGGCAACCUAGAUGAACGCACUUUGUCCGGAGCCCCUUGA